AUGGCUUCUAAGGAUGACGAUGCACAGCAGACGGCAAUGAAAGUACUUCUCUGCGGCGGUGUUGCUGGAGUAGCUACGUGGGCUUCGGUUUAUCCGCUGGACAUGAUUAAGACCAGACUACAGGCUCAGGGACUCGGGGCACACCCUGAAGAUCAGCCUCUGGUGCGGUCUCAAAAUGAUAGACGGGCUCUGAACAGCUUUCAGCUCGCUAGGGAGGCUUAUAGGACAGAAGGGCUGAAAGCCUUCUAUCGCGGGUUAGGGGUUUGCAGUGUCAGGGCAUUCAUAGUAAAUGCUGUCCAGUGGGCAAGCUACGAGUGGCUCAUGAGGUAUCUCAACAACCCGUGGAACCAGACACAUGCACAAGUUUCAUAA